AUGGCGCACGGCACCGCGGAGUGGCUGCCGGGGAAGCCGCUGGGGAACAUGGGCUCCUGCUGGCCCGACCAGCUGCUGGGGCCACUGCCCAACGUGUACCUCUACGCCGCCAACAACCCAAGCGAGUCCAUCUUAGCAAAGAGGCGUGGCUAUGGCUGCCUGGUCUCCUACAAUGUGCCACCCUAUGCCAGAGCUGGUCUUUACAAGGAGCGGGCCGACAGUGGAUGGUUUUCAUCUUAA